UGUGUUAAUAUCGACAACAACAUGGUCACCGCCAUCAUUUGAAAUAAAAAUCAACAAUAAAACCAUAUUUCAUAUGUUAAUCAUAUUGAUAAUAUUGUCAAUAAUUCCAUAUCCGAGUCAAUCAUUACGUGUGCCAUACCGUUAUCCACAUUAUCCAUUGUUUCAUAAAGAGUUUCUACAAGGAUCUACAGGUCCACUGCCAAACGAUGUGAUCGGUGUAGAAUUAUUUCAACGUGACAAUGCUAAAGAACAUCGAACAUAUAAAUAUGAAUUGUUGGAGAAAAAGAAUCCAGCAUUAGUUAUAAGACGUGGUGAUCCGUUUUAUUUGGCCAUACAGCUACGAAAUGUUUAUGAUCAAGAUAAUAAUAAGAUAAGGCUGGAAUUUUUAUUCGGUAAUAAUCCACAGGUUGGCAAAGGUACAUUAGUAUAUCUUCCAAUCACACAGAAUAGAGAUUUUACUAAAGAUCCAAAAAAAUGGGAUGCACGAAUUAGAAAUAUUGAUGGCAAUCGUCUUACAUUACAAGUACGAAUACCGGCCAAUACAGCUGUAGGUAUUUGGCGUUUACGUAUUUCAACAAAACCACAAGGUUCAAGAAAUAUUAAAACAUUUGAAGUUCAUAAUAAAAUAUUUUUGUUAUUCAAUCCAUGGAAUAGAGAUGACACUGUAUAUUUAUCUGAUGAAGUUCGUCGUCAAGAAUAUGUACUCAAUGAUAUCGGUAAGAUUUACAUUGGUUCACAUUCAAAACCAAAAGGACGACAAUGGGUUUAUGGUCAGUUCGAAGAAUCUGUGCUUCCUGCUGCUGUAUUUUUGUUGGAUAAAUCUCGUCUCGAUUAUUCAGCUCGUGCCAAUCCGGCUAAAGUUGUACGUGCCGUGGCUGCACUAGUCAAUAGUCACGAUGAUAAUGGCCUAUUAGUUGGCAAUUGGUCUGGAAAUUAUCAUGAUGGUAAUGCACCAUGGCAAUGGACUGGUAGUGCGCCAAUUUUUGAACAAUAUCUUCGUUCAAAUGGUGAACCAAUUAAAUUCGGUCAAUGUUGGGUGUUUGCUGGUUCAACAACAACAAUGUCUCGUACAUUGGGCAUACCUGCACGAACAAUCACUAAUUUUGUUUCAGCUCAUGAUACUGAUGAUAGUUUAACUGUGGACAAAUUUUUCAGUAAAACCGGUGAACCUAUUUCUGAUGUUAAUUCAGAUUCAAUUUGGAAUUUUCAUGUAUGGACAGAUGUAUGGAUGUCAAGACCUGAUUUACCACCUGGAUAUGGUGGUUGGCAGGUGAUUGAUGCAACACCACAAGAAUCCAGUGAUGCUAGUGGCCUUUAUCAAAUGGGACCAGCAUCUGUGGAAGCAAUAAAACGAGGUGAAGUUGGCUUACCAUAUGAUGUGGCAUUUGUUUUUGCCGAAGUCAAUUCCGAUGUAGUACAUUGGCAAUUGGAUGAAUCAAGUGAACUUGGAUGGAAAAAAAUCAAAACAAACCGAUAUCAUGUUGGCCGAAAAUUAUUCACUAAAAGGGCAGGUGUGGAAGCCGAAUAUAAUGGCAUAAACGAUGCUGAAGACAUUACCGAUAUUUAUAAAUUCAAAGAAGGCACAGAAGAAGAACGUAUGGCCGUAUUGAAUGCGGCUAGAGGUGCUGGCUUGUCUUUUCUAUUUGAAAUCCCUGCACCCGGUAAAGAAGAGGUCGAAUUUGAUUUGUUAGACAUCGAAAAAGUGGUCGUUGGCAAUCCUUUCUACAUACAAGUUGAAAUGGCCAAUCGUGUUGGAAGUCAACGAACGAUCACAUUAUCAUUGAACGCUAAUAGCUUUUUCCCGAACGGCAUAUUGGCUAAAAAGAUUAAAAAUGAACGACACAUUGUCCGCUUAAAACCAUAUCAAAAGGAAGUAUUAAGAGUUCGCGUGAAUCCCGAAGAAUAUCUAGAUAAUCUUGUUGAUUAUUCAUUGAUAAAAGUUUAUGCUGUCGCUACAGUGAAAGAAACACAACAAACAUGGUCCGAAGAAGAUGAUUUCUCCAUUGAAAAACCUCAUAUGGAAUUAUAUACUCGAGGAUUUAUUGAAGUUGGACGUGAAUUUACAUUAGAAAUUCGUUUAACUAAUCCAAUACGUCGAGUGCUUGAAGAUUGUUGGUUCUCUGUGGAAGGACCUGGAUUAAAUAGACAGAUGAGAAUCAAUUCUAGAAAUAUAAUGCCAGGUGAAACGAUUACGAAUACGAUACGAUUAGUACCGGAUCGUCCUGGAUCACGAACCAUUGUCGUCGUAUUCCAUUCAAGACAAUUGGCCGAUGUUGUUGGCAGUAAAAAUAUUCUUGUUCGUGGAUAAUUUUAAAUUUUUGUUGUCCAUCACCCAACAAAACACACAUAUCGAUUAUCGACAUUUAAUUAUCGAAACUUAGAUUUUUUUCACAAUUUUCAACAUAUGACGACCCCUUUUUUUCAAUCAACGAAGAUAUUUAUUUGUUUGAUGAUGAUGAUGAUGAUGAUGUGGUGAUUUUCAUUAUCCAUAAACAAAUCAUUCGAUUUUUCUUUUUAUUAUUCCCUAGGCUUAAUAACCAAAUUACUUUUAUACGAAACGAUCAAUUAUCUUAUUCCAUUCAUUUUGUUUUUCCAAUAUCAAUUUUUGCAUACGCACAUACACACACACACACACACAAGAAACA